AUGGCGGAUCAAAAGGAAACCGUCAGCUUGGAUGAUAUCAAGAAGGAGAACGUUGAUCUUGAAACAAUACCAGUGGAUGAUGUAUUUAGGAUAUUGGUAAGUUCCAAGGAGGGAUUGGAAUCUCAGGAUGCAGCUAGAAGGCUUGAAGUGUUUGGCCAAAAUAAACUUGAGGAGAAAAAAGAGAAUAAGAUCUUAAAAUUUUUGGGUUUCAUGUGGAAUCCCUUGUCAUGGGUUAUGGAAAUUGCUGCUAUCAUUGCUAUUGUAUUGGCAAAUGGACAGAAUAGGCCACCAGAUUGGCAAGAUUUUCUUGGAAUUGUGAUCUUGCUUGUCAUCAACUCUACGGUUAGUUUCAUCGAAGAAAACAAUGCAGGCAAUGCUGCAGCAGCCUUGAUGGCUGGUCUUGCUCCUAAGACGAAGGUGAUAAGAGAUGGUAGCUGGAAGGAGAUGGAUGCAGCAUUGUUAGUACCAGGGGAUGUGAUAAGUAUUAAGUUGGGGGAUAUUGUACCGGCUGAUGCUCGUUUACUUGAUGGAGAUCCCUUGAAGAUUGAUCAAUCUGCUCUCACGGGUGAGUCAUUACCCGUGACAAAGCACCCAGGGGAGGGAGUUUACUCUGGUUCCACAUGUAAACAAGGUGAAAUUGAGGCUGUUGUCAUUGCAACUGGAAUCAGCACCUUUUUCGGAAAAGCUGCUCAUCUUGUUGAUAGUACCAAUAAUGUUGGCCACUUCCAGAAGGUGUUGACAGCAAUCGGAAACUUCUGCAUAUGCUCCAUUCUAGUUGGAAUCAUCAUAGAAAUACUGGUGAUGUACCCAAUUCAGCACAGAAAGUACAGAGAUGGAAUUGAUAAUCUGCUUGUUCUUCUCAUUGGAGGGAUUCCAAUAGCCAUGCCUACUGUAUUAUCGGUCACUAUGGCUAUUGGAUCUCACAAAUUGUCAGAACAAGGUGCCAUUACUAAGAGGAUGACUGCUAUAGAGGAGAUGGCUGGAAUGGAUGUUCUUUGUAGUGACAAGACAGGAACUCUUACAUUAAACAAACUUGAAGUAGACAAAGGUUUAGUCGAGGUCUUCGCAAAGGAUAUGGACCAAGAUACCGUUAUUCUUCUUGGGGCCAGAGCUUCAAGGGUUGAAAACCAGGAUGCUAUAGAUGCUUGCAUUGUCGGAAUGCUAGCAGAUGCCAAGGAGGCUAGAGCUGGGAUUCAAGAAGUGCACUUCCUGCCUUUUAACCCUGUUGACAAGCGCACAGCUAUUACUUACAUAGACACCAAUGGCAAUUGGCAUAGGGUUAGCAAAGGUGCACCAGAACAGAUUGUUGAUCUUUGUCGCCUAAGUGAGCAUGUAAAGAGGAAAGUUCACUCCAUCAUUGACAAGUUUGCUGAUCGUGGUCUUCGCUCUCUUGCAGUGGCUCAACAGACUGUACCAGAGAAGACAAAGGAAAGUCCAGGAGCGCCUUGGGUCUUUGUAGGGCUCUUGCCUCUUUUUGACCCUCCAAGGCAUGAUAGUGCAGAAACAAUUAGGCGUGCCCUUGUCCUUGGUGUCAAUGUAAAAAUGAUAACUGGCGAUCAGCUUGCCAUAGGCAAGGAGACUGGUCGUAGGCUUGGCAUGGGAACAAACAUGUAUCCUUCUUCCUCCCUCCUGGGGCAGCACAAGGAUGAAAGUAUUGCUAACCUCCCUGUGGAUGAACUCAUCGAGAUGGCUGAUGGCUUUGCCGGAGUCUUUCCAGGUUACUAACUAUUUCCCAUAUAUUUUUUACUGUUAGAAAGUCAUCCUCCUGACUUCUAUUAUUAGCAAUCUUUAUACUUAUUUGUAUUUGCGCGAUAUCUUUGGAACUGUGUAGAGCACAAAUAUGAGAUCGUGAGGAAGCUCCAAGAAAGAAAGCACAUUUGUGGUAUGACAGGAGAUGGUGUGAAUGAUGCCCCUGCUUUGAAGAAAGCAGAUAUAGGCAUAGCUGUGGCAGAUGCUACUGAUGCUGCUCGUAGUGCAUCAGACAUAGUUCUCACGGAGCCAGGAUUGAGUGUGAUAGUGAGUGCUGUUUUGACCAGCCGAGCUAUAUUUCAGAGGAUGAAGAAUUAUACCAUUUAUGCUGUUUCUAUAACCAUCCGAAUUGUACUAGGGUUCAUGCUCAUUGCAUUAAUCUGGAAGUUUGAUUUCUCACCUUUCAUGGUUCUUAUCAUUGCCAUUCUUAAUGAUGGAACCAUCAUGACCAUAUCUAAAGAUAAGGUGAAGCCAUCACCCAUGCCUGACUCAUGGAAACUUAGAGAAAUAUUUGCCACUGGCAUAGUUCUUGGUACUUACCUAGCCGUGAUGACUGUUAUCUUCUUUUGGCUUGCACACCAGUCAAAUUUCUUCAGUGACAAAUUUGGAGUAAGAUCGAUUAGAGACAAUGUACACGAGCUCAAUGCUGCACUGUAUCUUCAAGUCAGCAUUGUUAGUCAGGCACUCAUUUUCGUAACUAGGUCAAGGAGUUGGUCUUACGUAGAACGACCUGGUUUCCUUCUGUUAGCUGCUUUUUUUGUAGCACAGCUGGUUGCCACCAUAAUUGCAGUAUAUGCAAACUGGGGUUUUGCUAGGAUCCAUGGUAUUGGUUGGGGUUGGGCUGGUGUUAUUUGGCUUUACAGUAUUAUUUUCUACAUACCUCUAGAUUUUCUAAAAUUCGCAAUCAGAUACAUUUUGAGUGGCAGAGCCUGGAACAGUAUGAUUGAAAACAAGGUUGCUUUCACAAACAAGAAGGAUUAUGGUAGGGGAGAAAGAGAGGCGCAAUGGGCAUUGGCUCAACGCACAUUGCACGGACUUCACCCUCCUGAUACUUCACAGAUGUAUGACAACAAAAGCUAUAAUGAAUUGUCUGAAAUAGCUGAGCAUGCCAAACGUCGUGCUGAAGUUGCAAGGCUAAGAGAGCUUCAUACACUCAAGGGGCAUGUGGAGUCAGUGGUGAAGCUCAAGGGACUUGACAUUGAGACAAUUCAGCAACAUUACACAGUGUAGUACAGCAACCACAGUACAAAAGUCAGUUGGCAAAUAAAGAGUUAGAAAUAAGAAAUAGAAAACUGUUUCUAGGUUCCCUCUUUCCGUUCCUUUCAUUGCUGAUUAGCAGAUGAUAUGUGCUCUGGGAAUAAUGUAGCAAACAAGGUCGGAAAGCAGAGGUCUCGUAAGAGCUAGACAGUUUCCUUUUUAGCUUGUACUUGUAUUCUACCAGCUUUUAACUACUUUAAUUGUAAUUAGCCAAAUUCAGAAAUUGCAGCAUUUCAGUUUAUGCAAAUGAGAUUCACUUUGCUGAAAUUUGUUCU